CUGCAUUCUGCGUUUCAGAGCCCGGACCGCCCUGGGACCCCUGUGGCCCUCAAGUUCCCAAGUGACCUCGUCCAGGGAGGGGACGUCUCGCUCUGACCCCGCCCUGGACGCGCCCAUCCACGACGCCCCCGCCCACCUCCGGCGCGCCCCUCCUCCGCGCCCCGCCCACUCCCGCCGGCUCCGCCUAGUGACGUCUUUGCUCCGCGCCGCGCCGUCCCGCCCAUCUCCCUGGCCUCCGGUCCCAACUUCGCUUUUCUACUGACCCUCGCUCGCCGCCGCCGCCGUCGUCGCCGCCGCCGCAGCUGGCAAAAUGUCUACAGGUCCAACUGCUGCCACUGGCAGUAAUCGAAGACUUCAGCAGACACAAAAUCAAGUAGAUGAGGUGGUGGACAUAAUGCGAGUUAACGUGGACAAGGUUCUGGAAAGAGACCAGAAGCUCUCUGAGUUAGACGACCGUGCAGACGCACUGCAGGCAGGCGCUUCUCAAUUUGAAACGAGUGCAGCCAAGUUGAAGAGGAAAUAUUGGUGGAAGAAUUGCAAGAUGUGGGCAAUCGGGAUUACUGUUCUGGUUAUCUUCAUCAUCAUCAUCAUCGUGUGGGUUGUCUCUUCAUGAAGAACCAGCGGAACUCAAAACUGCUGUUCAAGAAACCUCUUCAAGACUUUUGAAUUAGAACCUGCUAUAUUAUCAAGCUUACCUACUGUUAGCUCUAAAAUUUUUGUGUGUGUUAAUGUAAAGUUGAAUUUCUAGGAAACGUGCCUUUGUUUUUUGAUAUGCACUCCAAAUUAGAAGUAAGGCCGGCCCCGUCCACAUUUUGCACAGUGCCUUUACAGAUUUAUGUGUGGGCUGAUGAAGAGGUCUUCUUAAGUUCCAGAGUGCUAUAAUCUAGAUGUAAUGUUGUCACUAAUUAAUUGCCAUUACUCCCAGUUAGUUACCCUUGUCAUUCGGCAUUAUUUUCAGAACCACAUUUUAAACCUUUGGGUAAUCAGAUUUCCAACUUGUGCCUUCCAGAAAAAAACACUACUGCCUAACACAAAUCUGUGAUAACAACAGGCUGUGCCUUAUUUUGAUAAUUUUCUGAUUACCUAGAAGAGAACCCUCUACUUUUUGUAAGCACUACUGACUGUCGCUGUAUUUAAGAUAAGAUGCUGGUGAAGAGCUUUUGCUCUUGCAUUAGAUUUGAAGAUGUUUACGUUGUUGUUAUUGUUAUAUAUCACUUACUAAAAAUAUUGUUUUAAUCAGAAAUAACCUCUUUAAAAAUUUUUUUAAAGAACUAUGGCUACGACCAAAGCUUCUAUUUUGCCAAAAAGUUAAAUACCGAUAAAAUGGCCUUAAGUGUAUUCCUGACAGUUGAAUUCAGAAACGUGCCAAAUGGAACUCAAGGUGCCCCUUCAGAAUUAAAGUCAUUACCUUGUGUGUGAACCUUCUACAUCUUAAUAGGCCUUUCUUCCUUUUGAAAGGCUGUAGACAGUGUGGCUCCCCUUCUGAUUCAGUAUUUUGCACGGGGGUUACAGAAGGUUUGAGGUAGACUCUGACCAUCUCAUAAGAGUUUUACCCAGCAGUUGGCAGAUUAUCAGCUGUGGACUCCAACAUGUUUCUGAUAAUUAUGCAAGCAACAAUUCUGUAGCCUCAAGUAAGACCACCUAUGAACUUGAUCAUUAUCUGGCCCAAAUAUGAAGAUAAACUGUAACUUUUUGGAGUUUGUUUCCUAUGUGUAUUCACAUUCUGCUUCCUAAAUCAGUUUUCUAAAUUAUGCCAGCAAUAAGGCAUUGGUCGGGGUGAAUGGCUCUUUUCACAGAGAGUAACCAACCAGAGACCUUUGCUUUGAUACCAUCAACUGCAGAGAAUGCUGUUGAUGGGAAUGCUGGAAGCAGAAACUUUGUCCUCGGAAAAACUUUUCUUGUAUGCAUGAGACUCAACAUCAGGAUACACAGCUUAAAGAUGGGAAUUCAGGUAUGAAAGAAAACAGGCAAGGAGGCACUGAGGGAGAAAGACACAGACUUUAUCGCUCUGUGGCUCAUUGUUACUGGAAUAUUCUAAAACUCUUGUUCACACGCUAUUAUGACUUAUAAAUUAGCAACAGUUGAGGCACACCAGGACACAGCUUCCAUUUCUUUAACGUCUGUUCCCUUAACAUCGCUGAAAUGAUUUACUGUUGAAGACAUGCCUUGCGGUGUGGCCAGCUGUGAGGAGAAAGCAGCUGGCAGUGUUAGGACAUUAGCCCACCCUCAGCGCAGGGUCUCUGGCUGGGGUCUGACUCUGAAACCUUGGUACUCGCCCCUUGGCCACAGUGCUCAGACCCAUGUAACCCACUGGCUCCUGCAUUAACGCAGAAAUACCUCGCUUGUAUCUGUGCACUUAGCUGGGAACUUACCCACUGUAAUCACCUAAAUAAAGUGUUUAUAAACAUGA